GGUUAUGCGCCAUAUUGGCAGUCUCCUCCAUCUCAGCGAACGUCGAGCAUGCAUGACUGCAACCGGUGACUGAGGAGAUAUCUGUAAAUAUUUCCAGCCGCCCUGCGAGCCGAAGUACAACGCCAUGGAGGCGGUCAAAGCCUUCAACAACGAGCUGUACUCGCUCAACGAGUACAAGCCGCCCAUCUCCAAGGCCAAGAUGACCCAGAUCACCAAGUCCGGAAUCAAAGCUAUUAAAUUCUACAAGCAUGUUGUCCAGAGUGUAGAAAAGUUCAUACAAAAGUGCAAACCAGAAUACAAGGUUCCGGGCCUGUAUGUCGUCGACUCGAUUGUCAGGCAGUCACGACACCAGUUUGGCAUGGAGAAGGAUGUUUUUGCGCCGCGCUUCAGCAAGAACAUCAUUGCUACGUUCCAGCACCUCUACCGCUGCCCUUCAGAUGAUAAGAGCAAAAUUGUGCGAGUCCUCAACCUGUGGCAAAAGAAUGCUGUCUUCAAGAGUGACAUCAUCCAACCUCUGUUGGACAUGGCAGCAGGGAUAGCCCCCCCAAGUGUCACCCCUGUCAUGCCGAGCAGCGCCACCGCGGUCAAUAACACUACACCUGGUACCCCAGCGACCCCGGCGACCCCGGCCAAUUUAGUCCAGGGUCUGCCCGACUGGGCUUCCCAGAUUAAUAACACAGACACUGUGGCUGCCGUGGCUCAGAUCCUACAGAGUCCCCAGGGACAACAGCUGCAGCAGCUGGUACAGAGUCUGCAGAUGCAGCAGCAGAAGCCCCAGCCCUCCCUGCUGCAGGCCUUGGACGCUGGCCUAGUGGUGCAAUUGCAGGCUCUUACGGCACAACUCACUGCGGCUGCUACUGCCAACAGCCUCAACCCCCUGGAGCAGAGAGUCUCUUCCUUUAACAAAAAACUUUUGGGUCCGUUUGACUUUGGGAAUGAUUCUGAACGUGGCGAAGAAUCUAAAAAGGACACGUCAUCAUCACAACUGCCCAUGGUGUCAGAGCCCAUCAACAGCUCCCUCUUCCACCAGUUAGCCGAGCAGCUUCAACAGCAGAACCUGGAGCAGUUUCAAAAGCAGCUGUUAGAGCAUCAGCAGCACCACCAGAAGGCCAUGAGCUUAGAAGGGCAGGAUUCAAUGUUUGGGCAGGAGAACUCUGUAGCGACGGCUCAGAGCAUCAGCCAGCCUCAGCUUGCUGAGCCAGAGAACAAGAUUGACGACUCCAUAGACAACCAACAGCAGGACAUGGAUCUGGAUGAAGGCCCAGAUGGAAUGGAGGAGGAGAGCUUUGAGGCAGAGGAAAAGAAGGCUGUUAGCACACGCUCCAGAACACGCUCAAGGUCACGCUCUAGGUCCCCGAAGAGGAGGCGGUCUAGGUCCCGCUCUGGCUCACGGAAACGCAAGCACCGCAAACGCUCGCGUUCACGCUCCAGAGAUCGCAAAAGGAAGACUUCACGGUCUUACUCAAGCGAAAGGCGGGCCCGAGAGCGAGAGAAGGAGCGGCAGAAGAAAGGGCUGCCUCCCAUAAGAUCCAAGACUCUGAGUGUGUGCAGCACAACUCUGUGGGUGGGCCAGGUGGACAAAAAGGCCACUCAGCAAGACCUCACCAAUCUGUUUGAAGAAUUUGGCCAGAUUGAGUCUAUAAAUAUGAUCCCUCCCAGAGGCUGUGCCUACAUCUGUAUGGUCCACAGACAAGAUGCGUACCGUGCCCGCCAGAAGCUCAGCACCGGCUCCUUUAAGAUCGGUUCCAAGAUCAUCAAGAUUGCGUGGGCUCUGAACAAAGGGGUAAAGCAGGAGUACAAGCAGUUUUGGGACGUGGACCUGGGUGUCACCUACAUUCCCUGGGAGAAGGUGAAGCUGGACGACCUGGAUGACUUCGCUGAAGGAGGAAUCAUUGACCAAGAGACUGUCAAUGACGAGUGGGAAGCAGCCAAGAAUGCUGAGCCAGCAAAGGAAGUUGCUAGUCCGCCGUUAAGCGCAGAGACUACAGCGGUAUCGAACACCCAGACUGAGGCCUACAGCCAGCAGGUUACCAUGAUGUCUGUACAGCUACCAGUUGCCCAGGCUGUUCCCAGUGCAGUCAGUAUGGUGCCCCCCAACUUCCCCGUCACCAUGGGUAUACCCCCUCCGGGCUACGGGCCACCACCACCCUUCCUGAGAGCCAGUUUCAACGCCUCUCAGCCUCCGCCAGGUUUUCUGCAGGCAGCACAGGCAGCAGGCAUGGCCUCAGCAACUUCUUCCCUAGUGCAGCCGCCUGUGGCUACCGGCCAAGAAGCUGUCAAGGACUCACCAUUCAGUGCUAUGAUCCCUCCAACCAGCACCAUGCCUGGCAGCUUCCUGCCCUCAGCCAUCCCUGGAGCUGGUAUAUUCAACCCAAUGGGAGUCCAAACUCAACAAGCUGCCAAUGACAAAACGGCUCAGUCUGCAGAGGGAUUGGAUGCUGCUGCAGAGCUAACGCUCCAAGGCAUGCAAAAUGCAGUCCGCAGUGGGAUGGGUCUCCUUGGCAUGCACCCUUCGGCUGCUCUCACCCACCCACUGCAUCAGUCUGGUCUGGCUGGGCAGAGAAUGCCAGGCCUAUUGCCUCUAGAUGUGCGACCAAACCUCCUCCAGCCUGGGGCUGCAGCCCGCUUCCCACUACUCAUGCAGCAUGGCCCUGCCCAGCAGGCCGCUGGCCUCCUCGACAGUGCUCUCCAGGCCCACGCUCGUGCCAGGGCCCCCUUUGCUCAGCUGGACCCCUUUAUCAGGGCCCCAAAUCUUACCAAUGAAAAUGUAUCAAAGGCGGAAGACGAGUCUUCCUCUGGUGCUGAUGAGGGCAAAGACCAGGACUAUCGCUUCCCCCCAAUGGAAAAGCCAAGCACAGGCCUGCUGAGGACCCCUCCACUAGAGCAUAGGGAGCCUCCUGGCAGUGGAGCUGCAGGAGGAGGGGGAGGAGCAGGCAGGCCUCCCUUGCUCCAGACCCCAGGGACUCAGCCAGCCAGAACCAGCCUAGUGGGACGUCUGCAGGCUCUCGCAGGCUUCACUCCUGAUAGCCGCUGGAAUCAGGCCAGAGGGGACUUUGAUGAACGAGAUGGCAUGAGAGGAGGUCCACAGGCUCCUGGUGUUCCAAAAGGAUACCAGGAGGAGCGCCCCACACCUGGGCAGAACUUCCCCAACCGCUUUGACAGCCGUCCUGGGACGGCAGGAGGAGCUGGGGUUCCUGCAAAUGCUGGAGCUGCUGGAGGUGCUGGAGCUGCUGGAGUUGCUGGAGCCGCUGGAGGGCCACAGACCUGGAACCGAAGUAGUGGAGCCCCAGCGCCUUUUGACAGUGAACAACAUCAAGACCUAGAUGAGCGAAGGCGUCCAUGGGACAGGCAGAGAGACAGAGAUGAAAGAGAUUUUGACUUCAGGAGGGAGCUGAACGGUAACCGUCACAGCCGCGAGAGAGAGCGUGAGAGGGAGCGCGAGAGGGAGAGGGAGCGCGACAGGGAGCGUGGCCGUGAGCGCAGCAGGGAGUUCGAACGUGACAGAGACCGUGACAAAGAGAGAGACCGCGAGAGGGAUCGAGAACGUGAGCGUGAACGUGGGGGCUGGACACCCCUUCUUCCUACACCUCUGCUUCCAACUCCCUCUCUUAAUCCUAACUUGACCUUAAACCAAGGAAAGCUGCUGUCACCACUCAAAUUGAACCCCCAGAUUCAGCAACGAUUCCAGUCCCCACUCCUGCCUCAAGCUCAGGCCAAACCCCCUCUGAUGGGUCUGAACCAGCCACUCCCUCAGGUUCAGAUCAAGACUCCAGCCCGGUCUCAGAGCCAGGCAACUACGCCAGAGCCCCAGUCAGAAACCCCAGCUUUGUCUGAGACACCUCCGGCGCAGUCGCCACCCUCUGCCCAAUCACCUGACCCAUCACCUGACGACAAGGGUCAGAGCCCGUUGACUGAGGCUCCCACCCAGGCCGAGUCAUCGCCAUGUUCCGAGUCCCCUCCUCAAUCAGAAUCCCAACACCAGCCCACAGCCCAGUCCCCCUCUAAGACCACUGCUUCUCCGGACACCGAGAGCCCAAACCAAGCCUCGCCUUUGGUCGAGUUGUCACCCCAGGACUCGCCUGUGGCCUUCACACCAGCUGCCAGUCCCACUGAAGAGACGGCACACUCUCUGGAGGAGCAGGAUAGCCCACAGAAGAAUGAGGAGGAGGAGGAGGAGGAGGAGGAAGAAGAGGAGGAGGAGGAGGAGGAGGAGGAGUCACAAGAGAGAUCCUUCUCAAGCACGCCCCAGUGGGUCAAUGGAUCUGUGAUGGACAAUAUCAGUGGGGCUGAGCCCACACCCGAGGGCUCUCCUGAGCCAAGUCCUGACCCGCCCUCCGACUCUGUGCUCCCCGACAGUGAACCUGAGCAGCUUGCCUCUCCUAAGGACGUAGACAAUGAACAGAGUGAGCCCAUGGAGGAAGCUGCGAGUCAGCCAGUGGUAGACACUGUCACAGACACUGAGGGGACAUAAUCAUCACUCAGUAGGUAAAAGAUCAUUUUGUAAAGUUGUCUCUUCUUCUCUGUACUCAUGUCAGCAAACCACCACCACCACACGGGACAUGACGAACACUGACUCCAAUCAGUUAUUGUCUGAUGACCAAUAACAAACUAUUUUAUCUCUCACAAAUACCAGUGUACUUAAAUAGAAGGCUCGCUAGCUGAUUUACUGAUAGAUCUUUUCUUUGUAUUUUAUUUCCUUUUUUAAGUUGUAAAGCCCCCCCACCCAUUUUAAUUAACUAUAAUGGAUUUUAUCAAACUGCCUGCCAAAAUGUUUUAAUUGUACAUGGGGGAAAAUAAGCUUUGAACUUCCUAUGGAAGAGCGUACGAAAUCCUGGCCUCAUCAUCAAUGGGUUGAAUACAGUUAAACACGAUGCUCGAAAAUGGCAGCCGCUGGCCCCGUUUCCGUUUCCUCUUAUUUCAACAUGCUGCUGCAAAGUUUUCAGUGAACGCUUUUGUGGUGUCCUCCAAUGCUUUCUGUCUCUACGCAGAACAAAUAGCCUGCGUACAGUGCGACCAGUACAGCUGCUCAUAAAUCGGAACACAUUAACAACAUGAAGAAUGAAAACAUGAAAAUGUUGUAUCCCCAAAAUAAAUGUCUGCAAUUUGUUUCUAAAUAUACAGUGAACACAAACAGAAAAUGACAUGCCAGUCGGGGAGGGGAGGAGAAAAAAAUCAAGUGAACAGAGGGGGAUGUUCUCAUGUCGGGUGCAUAUUGUUUUAGUUUGAAAUAAACAUGCUUUGUCUGUUUUAAAACACAUGCUUUAGGACUGUUUUCUGACCCCGGACCAGUGGAACAUACAGUAAGACUGCUUUACAGACUCGUACACGUCGUGUACCGUCACUGCAGUUGAUUUGCCGUUUCUCGCAACUGAAGUUGCUGCUGUACCAUCCACCCACAGAGCACUUUGUUGAAUGCAACCGUGGGGACUUGUAGUUUUUUAGUUUCUGAUGACUUCAGCCUGUAUGUCUCCCGAAGCUUUUGCUGGGUGACUGUUGAGGAAGGGAUUGUGCCUUUUUUUUUUUUUUUUUAUGGACUUGUCGUUUCAUGAUUCUACCCAACACCACUGCGUGAUGUACACCAGACCGCUUGCGACUCUGUUUCAGACAGCGCUAUGAACAGAAUGCUACCUGCACAGAAUUGACUGGCCUGCAGUUUGAAUGGUAACCGGGCAGCUUGUACAGCACACUCACCUAGAGGAGGACAAUAUAUUACUCCCAUCGUUCUGUGCAUGCAGGCCUGUAGCCAUGUUUUAACCUCCUUGUCUCUCUCUUGUGCAUUUCAUACUUGUAGUUCUUUUUUCUGUUGAGACACACUACUAGAAACCCAUAGUCUGCUGUUCUCUCAGAACAAAUGUCUACAGGAGUUGUGAUGUUGAAUAAAAGUUGAAGGUGCACCAGA